GUUAUCGUUGCAAUAGAUUGAUCUCGUUUUGAGAGAGCCUUGAACGCCUUUUCCUAAUUUCAGACCGUGUAGAGUCGGCUUGGAGUUAUUACAAGUGUAUAUAUUGCAUUUGGCUGCAUUAUCUGUCUGCUGCUUAUUCCUCGUUUUACUUGUCAAUUUAGGAUGACCAGUUUUGACCUCAAUUUUUGUGGCACUCCAGACUCGUUUUCUUCGUUUCCUGUACUGCUAGAACACUUAGACAAAAACAACUUAUUACGCCAGAACGAAUUGAACGCACACGCGGCGCAGUUCACAAAAUGUCCCGCCACAGACCUUCAAACCGACUUUCACCGGCUUCACUCUAAGUGUCUGCACAUGUACCGUACCCCGAGAAAGUUGGAAUGCAAGCGCUCGCAGAUUGAUACUCCCCCUUCCCCAUCGAAGCAUUCGUUGCGAGGGGACCGCUUUAUUACAGACCGAAGGUCGAUGAAUCUAGACAUAUCCCAUUUUGCACUUUCUAGAGAAUUUGAGAAAGAAAAAAUAGAGGCUUCUGCAGAUAAAGAAGAAUACAGACAUUCUCUGGCGCUCAGCUUAUUUGACAGCGACAAUGUGCCUGACUUGGUUGCGAUCGAUGGUUCGCUGUCAGGUUCUCUUGAGCGACCAUGCUCAAGUACCAUGCAAAUGGCCACUGUCAGCUACUCUAACGGCGUGGAUAUGGGCUUCAGCACACCGAGUCCGUGUCCCAUGGUGAGCCCUGUGCCCCUUCCUCCGAAGCGUCCCUCAAAAAUUCUUUCGUUUGCCAACAAAGUGUCAUCUGUUAGAGCUUCAGAGAACCGUUUGAAAGCGCUAUAUUCGACAGACAUUCUGCGCAACAAGAGCCCUUUGUCUCGCAUCGUCCCCAUGACACCGGAGCGAGUUUUGGAUAUACCAGAUAUCAUAAACGACUAUUACCUCAACUUGCUGGAUUGGAGCUCCACAAAUAUUCUGGCUAUCGCACUCAAACACAGCGUUUAUCUUUGGAAUGCUUUCAAUGCGGAUGUCACUCAACUCUUGACUCUAGAAAACCAAGAUGACUAUGUGUCGUCCCUGGCAUUUUCAGAGGACGGCCGCUAUCUGGCCGUUGGGGUCAAUUCAAGCACCAUCCGAAUUUGGGACGUUGCCUGCGAAAAACAAUUUCGCAAAUUAUAUGGACACCUCGCCAGAGUGUGUAGUUUGAGCUGGAACGAUAGCGUGUUGACGAGCGGCUCUCGAGAUACAAACAUUUUCAACCACGAUAUCAGACAAGAAAGACAUCAUAUCUCUUCUUUUCAAAAUCACACACACGAAGUGUGUGGACUAAAAUGGUCCCCCGAGAAGCUUCAUCUUGUGUCAGGUGGUAACGACAACAUACUCAAUGUCUGGUCUCUGGGCUCUGCACAUCCAAUUUACACCUUCACUCAGCAUCAAGCCGCAGUCAAAGCCAUUGCCUGGUGUCCGUGGCAGCGAAAUCUACUGGCAUCCGGAGGCGGCGCGGCUGAUCGAAAGAUCAGGUUUUGGAACACUGGAAAUGGAUCAUGCUUAAACACAAUAGACACGAAGUCACAAGUUGGGAGUCUUCUGUGGUCCAGACAUGUCAAAGAGCUCAUUUCCUCGCAUGGCUAUUCUCAAAAUCAGAUAACCAUCUGGAAGUAUCCCAGGCUAACGAAGCAAGUAGAACUGUCUGGUCACACAAAUCGCAUCCUUCACAUGGCUAUGAGUCCGGACGGAACGACUAUAGCAAGCGCAUCUGGCGAUGAGACGCUAAGGUUUUGGAAAAUCUUCAACACAGACUUCAAGCACCAAAAGCGCGACGAUGCCUACAGUGAGGGAGACCUUCGGCUUAAGGUCAUCAGGUAGGCAACAAAAAUGCACCUCUAGCCUCUAGCUUUGCCGGCUCUGCUUUUUCGAUAACCUAGACCUAGCUCAACUUUGUAUUGCAACGACAACGGUGCUUUUAAGCACCAUAAAAAACUUUAUGUGUAUUAUAAGAAGACACAUUAAUAAAAAGGCAAGUGCUUUUUACACUUUCGUUUUUGGA